AUGGGCCUGACGGAUGUUUCUCGGCCUCCCGCAGGUUUCCGCGAGAGCGCCUUCUCCCUGUCCCUGCUGGCGGCCGGGGUGGCCCACUCCGUGUCCUCGGCCUGCAGCAUGGGCAAGCUGCAGGGCUGCGGCUGCGAGGCCAAGCGCCGGCUGGACGACGACAAGAUCCGCAUGAAGCUCACCCAGCUGCAGCUGCGCACGCUGCAGAAGGGCGGGGCGGGCGGGGGGCUGGCGCGCCCCCCCGCCGCCGCCCUGCACCCCGCCGGCCCCUCCGUCCUGCUGAGGCCCCCGCCCGACCAGGGGAGCUCCGUGCAGGAGACCUGGGAGUGGGGCGGCUGCAGCCACGACACCCGCUUCGGGGAGCGCUUCUCCCGGGACUGGCUGGACUCGCGGGGGUCGCCCCGGGACAUCCACGCCCGGAUGAGGAUCCACAACAACAGGGUGGGGCGGCAGAUCGUGACAGACAACACCAAGAGAAAGUGCAAGUGCCACGGCACGUCGGGCAGCUGCCAGUUCAAGACCUGCUGGCACGUGUCCCCCGAGUUCCGGCUGGUCGGGGCGCUGCUCAAGGAGAAGUUCCUCAUGGCCAUCUUUGUCAACUCCCAGAACAAGAACAACGGCGUCUUCAACCCCCGCACGGUGGGAGGAGGAGGAGGUGGAGGAGGAGGAGGUGGAGGAGGAGGAGGAGGAGGAGGAGAAGGAGGAGGAGGAGGUGCACGCCGCCGCGGCAGUGUAUCCCGGGAGCUGGUGUACUUUGAGAAGUCGCCAGACUUCUGUGAGCAGGAGCCUUCGCUGGACUCGCUGGGCACUCAGGGCCGCAUCUGCAACAAGACCAGCCGCAGCAUGGACAGCUGCGGGGCACUGUGCUGCGGCCGGGGACACAACAUCCUGAAGGAGACGCGCAGCGAGCGCUGCCACUGCCGCUUCCACUGGUGCUGCUACGUGCUGUGCGAGGAGUGCCGCGUCACCGAGUGGGUCAACGUCUGCAAGUAGACGCUGUGCAACCCCCCACCCCCCCCCCCCCCCCCAUCCCCACCCCUGCCUCGACGGACCCAGCCCACCCUCGGAACCCCAAAUCCCGUCUCGUUCAAGACUCAAAAUGGUGGAAGGAUUAUGAUGCUUCCCCGACCAACACGUAGACACACGCAGCGGGCCCAGAGCAGACUGCAGUGGGCCUUGUUUCCCGUUGUGUAAGUCACUUAGGAACUCGGUUUUCUGCUCUCCUUUUUUUCUAUGUCAUCUGGGUUUUAUUUAGUGCUUGUAGCCGUUGUUAUUCUGGAAAUGCCAAGUCAGAGAUGACUCAUGUCUAGUGGCCUGGCGACCAUUUCACUGUAAAAUACUUUUGUAUUUGAAUGUGUAUAUAAAUAGUUGAAUGUAUAAUUCCUGUUAUUGUUAUAUCCAUAUAAAUAUAUUAUAUUGAAGGCCAUCCUAUUAGAAGAGACCGUGGGAGAGAGAGAAGGAGGUUGUUUAACUGGACAGGGGAUCAGAGACCGUGUGGGAACAAACCUUACAUUUCUACG